AUGGACCAGGAAUCUGAUAGUUUGUUACUAGAUUUCAAUGGCUCCGGUGGUGCCCAAAAAGACCCAACCAUACCGAAUGGCUUGGAUGGUUCAGUGGUUGAUCCUACCAUAGCGGACCCAACUGCAAUUGUAACUAAAAAGAGAAGGCCUCAAGUAAAAUUAACAGCCGAAAAACUACUCAGUGAUAAAGGUUUACCGUAUGUUCUGAAAAAUGCACAUAAAAGGAUACGAAUCUCCUCAAAAAAAAACUCUUAUGAUAAUUUAUCAAAUAUUAUUCAGUUUUAUCAGCUUUGGGCACAUGAAUUGUUUCCCAAGGCAAAAUUCAAGGAUUUUAUGAAGAUUUGUCAGACAGUAGGUAAAACAGAUCCAGUUCUGAGAGAAUAUAGAGUUAGUCUUUUCAGAGAUGAGAUGGGCAUGAGCUUCGAUGUUGGCACACAGGAGGCUGGACAAGACUUGGAAGCACAAUCGCUUAUGGUUGAAGAACAUGCUACUGCCAUGGGGGCGGGGCCUAUUGCUGCAGAUAGUUUCAGCGCACAAGACAAAAGAGACGUAAAUGGACAUGAUCAUGAUAAUGACGAAGAUGAUGAAAUCUAUCACCUUUCUUCCAACAACAGAAGAAGACGAGUUUUGGACGAACGAGGGAAUAAUGCAACAGUAGCACACAAUGUUGUACCGCCUAAGGAAGAUGUGGAUACAUUACUAAAAAAGUUUAAGUUACAAGGGCCCUCUGGCUUUACUGAAGACGAGAAGAAGCUUUUAUUAGGAUGGCUAGACGCGCAUCGUAGUAUGGAAAAAGAUUAUAUGACUGAAGAAGACGUUCAGCUGGUACAAAACCUGGAAGAAUGGGAAAUGAACGAUAUAGAAAGACAGGAGAGUCAUUAUGAUUUUUUGCCAAGAGAAGACGAAUUUGGUGUAGAUCAAGAUGAGUUAGAUGCUAUGAAGGAAAUGGGCUUUUAA